AUGUCAGUAAAUAGAAAAUAUCGCCCAAUUGUUAUAUUUAUUUGUGGAACAUUACUUGGAACUUUAAUAACCAUUUUUAUCACAUUUAAUCUUUCAUAUAACAAUAAUAUAAAUCUUUCACCAAACAAAAGACAUAUUUCUAAUUAUGAUCCUUCAUAUGAUAAUCAUGAAGAUAUGGUUAGUGAUAAAUAUGCACCAGAUGUUGCUUUACAUUUUCAUACUAAUGACACAAUUCAAGCACAUGGAACUUUAAAAAUUGUUGAAAAAAUUAGUGAACGUAUAAAAAUUUUUUGUUAUAUUUUAACGGGAAAAAAUAAUCAUAAAAAAAAAGCUAUUCAUGUUAAAGCAACAUGGGCAAAAAGAUGUAAUAAAUAUAUUUUUAUGUCAUCAGAAGAAGAUUCAUUUUUACCAUCAAUUAAUUUAAAUAUUAGUGAAGGUAGAGAUCAUUUAUGGGGUAAAACAAAAGCAGCAUUUAAAUAUAUUUAUGAUCAUUAUUACAAUGAUUAUGAUUGGUUUUUGAAAGCUGAUGAUGAUACAUAUGUUAUUAUGGAAAAUUUACGUUUCAUGUUAAUGGCACAUCAACCAUCUGAACCAAUUUAUUUUGGAUGUAAAUUUAAACCAUACACAAAACAAGGAUAUAUGUCUGGUGGUGCUGGUUAUAUUUUAAGUAAAAAAGCUGUAGAAAAAUUUGUAACUGAAGCUUUACCAGAUUCAAAAAAAUGUAAAAGUACUGAAGAUGGUCCAGAAGAUGUAGAAAUAGGUAAAUGUCUAGAAAAUGUAGGGGUUGUAACAGGUGAUUCAAGAGAUGGAGGAGGUCAACAUAGAUUUUUACCCUUUGAUCCAUCAUCUCAUGUUUUUCUUGGUAAUAAAAAUCCUAAAGAUUGGAUUUGGAAAUAUACUUAUUAUCCAUUGGAUCAAGGACCAACAUGUUGUAGUGAUUAUGCCAUUUCUUUCCAUUACAUUGAUGCUAGAGGAAUGUAUGCACUUGAUUAUUUAAUAUAUCAUUUAAAACCAUUUGGUCAUAUAUCUGGAUUUGUAGAAAAAUUUAUACUUUCUGGACAAAAUAAAUCAAAAGAACAAAUUGAAGAUGAAAUUAUUGAAAAUGCAUUUAUUGUAGCAAAGUUAAAUGCGGGAAAAAAUGAUUCAUUUUUGGGUAUAUCAAAUAAUGAAAAUUCAACAAAUAAUGUGUAA